AUGAAGGUUAUCGUAGCGUUUUUUGCCUCGGGAACCUCUGCCUGGGUCAUUGGAACUCAGCAGACCGAAACCCAUCCCAAGCUGACCUGGCAGCGCUGCACUGGCAAAGGCGGUACCAGCUGUUCGAACGUGAAUGGCGAGAUUACCAUUGACGCCAACUGGCGCUGGCUCCAUGACAAAUCAGCUAACAGCUACACCAACUGCUACGAUGGCAAUGAAUGGAACAAAUCUCUGUGCCCUACGAAUUCAGCAUGCACCACGAACUGCGCCAUUGAGGGCUCUGACUACAGCGGUACCUAUGGAAUCACAACCUCUGGUAAUGCGCUCAACCUCAAAUUCAUUACCAAGGGCCAAUACUCUACGAACAUCGGCAGUCGUACAUACUUAAUGCGCGAUACAAACACAUACGAGAUGUUCAAGCUUAUCGGCAAUGAGUUCAGUUUUGACGUCGACAUGUCUCAACUCCCUUGCGGUCUGAACGGAGCACUUUACUUCGUAUCGAUGCCUGAAAAAGGGCAGGGUACGCCCGGUGCAAAGUAUGGAACUGGUUACUGCGACGCUCAGUGCGCUCGCGACCUCAAGUACAUCAACGGGCAAGCUAAUGCGGAAGGCUGGCAGCCGUCUGAUAACGAUCAAAAUGCCGGCGUCGGCAAGAAAGGCGCAUGCUGCGCUGAGAUGGAUGUCUGGGAGGCAAACUCCAUCUCUACGGCUUUGACCCCUCAUUCCUGUCAACCCGAAGGUUACAGUGUCUGUGAGGAUGCAACGUGCGGAGGCACUUACUCCCUCGACCGCUAUGCUGGCUCUUGCGACGCGAACGGCUGUGACUUCAACCCGUACCGUGUGGGCGCUAAAAACUUCUACGGCAAAGGCAAGACUGUCGAUACCUCCAAGAAGAUGACCGUGGUCACCCAGUUCGUCGGUUCCGGCAGUACGCUCUCAGAGUUGAAGCGUUUCUAUGUGCAAGGCGGCAAGGUCAUCCCUCAGCCGCAGCCCACUAUCCCAGGAAUGACAGGCAACAGUAUUACGCAAAAGUGGUGCGACACCCAGCAGAAGGUGUUUAAGGAAGAUGUCUACCCAUUCAAUAAGUUUGGUGGUAUGGCGUCUAUGGGCAAGGCUAUGGCUGAAGGCAUGACCCUUGUCAUGUCACUCUGGGAUGACCACUAUGCGAACAUGCUCUGGCUGGAUUCGAGCUACCCAACCGACAAAGACGUCAGUCAGCCCGGUGUAGCUCGUGGCGAGUGUCCUACUUCAUCUGGCGAGCCUUCUGAUGUCGAGGCUCAAUACCCGAACGCUCAGGUCGCGUUCUCGAACAUCAGGUUUGGUCCUAUUGGCUCGACCUUCGCUCAGCCUGCAGGCACUUAA